AUGGACUACUACCGGCCUUGCAAUUUGUGUGGAAUGAUGAUCGACUCGAAAUGUUCAGGAGUAGAGAUGUGGAAGGCCUUGUUCCAACUUAUAAAGCUCAAGGAUAUUAGUGGGGGCCCUAGCCCGCUUAUUAGUCCAUCGACUAUGUCAAGACGCGCCGUCUAUGUCACCCAUUCCGCAUGUUGGUCAAUUGUAACCAUGGUCAUUGGAACAAAGUUAGUCGAACCUAAAUGGAUUGACAACUUCUGCUAUGUUCUCCGAGAUAUAGGCCCUAUUCUCCCUGCUAUGCAGUUCCCGGAUUGCCCAGAGGUACCUGAUAACGCCGACUGUGCUGACUCCGAAUUGGUGGAGGAAGGGGAUCUCCGUGGUAUAAGCAGUACUUUUUGCGGAGUAUAUCUUCCACCAGAGAUUAUCCAGACAAUCUACCAACAUCUGAACUACCAGGAUCUUUGCCAUAUGAGAAGACUAACGGGGAUAGAACCAAAUAUUAGAACGUGGUUUAGCGUUGGGCGAAAAUACCUUGCUUAUAGACCACAAUUCCUUGCAGAAGGCUCAAGACAGGAAAUAUCAAACAAGAUCGAAAGACUCCUUUGGAACGUACAUCACUGCGCGGAGUCUAUACCUAGCAUUUGCAACUAUAGCGUAGUCUGGGAUAACGUUGAGGCUCUGCUGCAACAGAUGGGACAGUCUUUCUCUAGCAUAGAGGCGGACCCCCCUAUACGUUACAUCCCACCAUUAUCUCCAUGGCCAAACAUUUCGAUCGAACACACUAUUAACUUGUAUUCUUUGUGUCAAAUAUCUCUUAACUUUUGCUAUGUUCUCGACCGCAGAUACCUAUGUGGUUUUAAGAUUGGCCAUGGUACCGUUGGAUAUACGGGUGAAUUGACGAUUACAGUAUCACUACAGGAAUUUGGUGGUCUACGCAUAGUUUCUGAUAAAGAAGGCAUCUUAGGCGUGCAGGUGAAAAACAUAUCCUGGCAAAAAGACUGGUACGGAUCUCUCGCCGGCUUGGGUGACCUUAUGUUUGAUCAGAUUGAAUGGGCUGUUGGAUCUCCUGCAAAACUGAUAGCCUCGUUUGAUACUUUUAAAAUACAUAAAAUCUCAAUAUUCAAUGACACCAACCCAUCGCAAUACCAAUCUCAAUCCUGGAAACAUCGGCUUCCACCCGAAAACUUAACACCCGUUUUCUUAACAAAUCACAGAUUAUUUGACUGCACUUUGCCUCUAUCCCCUGUGGGCAGGAAACUAGACACUGCUGAUGCUAUAGCUGCUUUUGUUGAUGCAAAGACUGAAGCUCUUACGGCAUUCUCGCUGAAGUUCGGUAAUAUUGAGGUUCAAAUUGGCGACCCAUUUCAUUCGGCAGCGAAGCUUUCAUUCUAUGUCAACUCUCAGGCAAACGAAAAGUUUACCGGAAUUGCUUGUGCAGCGUCGGAUAAACCCACUGCUUUAGCGGUUAAAGAUAAUUGGGGAGAUUUGCGAAGAGUAUCCGUUGUUGGAGUUCUACAGCCAGCGCCUGAGAAGCAGUAUAAAUCCACUAACAACUUUAUACCAACCAUACAAUACCAAAUCACAACUAUUAAAAUUGGGCCUAUCGGCCCAAUUUCCGUCUUUGUUUCCUCUGCUCGCUUUAUUGGCGUAUCUCAAAUUACGAUAUACCGCGAACCUGAAACUACCUCCCUUUGUGGCAUCAAGGUGCUCCAUGAAAACGGGUUUUCAGAUAUGCUAGGGCAAGACAACGAAGUGGCCCAGGUUUGCACUCCACAAGGCAAAUUAAUAUAUAUACGAGUCUUUUACGAUAUCAUAUAUGGGGUAAAUUAUCUAGUUAAAGGCCUACGUUUUGGGUUCCCGUCCUACACUUUCGAUGUAGGGAGCUUGGAAGGCGAUAUGGUGGAAGAUAUUGGCCCCUCGACAGUCACGUUGCUUAUAUUGGCUCUUUGGCCCCAGCUUCUCGUAUCUUAG